AUGGAACAGCAAAAGGACGAGGCUGAACCUGAAGGGAACAGCUUGUCCCUGUCAUCACCUGGGACUGAGCCGCUGCCCCCUGUGCCUCUCCCAGCCCUGCCACCCUGGCUCCCCGGCGCCCCAGACCCCGCCCACCUGGGCCUCCCUGAGAGCCUGGCCUCCGUGACCAUCCCUGUCCGUCUGGACACCCUCUCCUGCCUCCUGCACAGUGCCCUCCUCGGGGCCUACACCCUGCAGCAGUCCUUGCCCUCCUCUUGUCCCUGCUGCCCCCCAGCAUGCCACACCCACCCGGGCACAGCCAGGAGGCCUCCCAGGGGACGUGGGGAGUGGGAUGUCCAAGGCAGGCCGGGCUGGGGCCAGGGCCGGGGCCGGGGCCGGGGCCGGGGCUGGGGCCAGCAGCGAUGGAGCCCUUGGAAAGCUGAGCAGCCAGCAGCAGAGAGGGGCUAUGCAGGGGGCCCUGGGGCUGGCCCCAGGACCCCACCGGUGGUGCCACCAUCACCACCAGCACUGCCUGCCCAGGAUGGGAAGAAGGACACCCAAGGUCUGGAGCCACCCUUGGACACGCCACCAGCUACUGAGGACUGGGAGACAGAGUACUAG